GCAGCCGCCGCCCCAGCCCGGCCCGGCCCCCAGCCCGCUCUGCUCCCCGACAGCCGCGCAGCACGAAGAUGGCGACGUUCAGAUUCCUCCUCCUCGGCCGCCGCAUCCUCCUUCCCGCCUCACGCAGGGCUGAGAUCUGUGGAUGCCAUUUUUCUACUAGCUGUCAUCUCAACACCAAAUUUUACACUGAUCCUGUUGAAGCUGUGAAAGAUAUACCCAAUGGGGCAACUAUACUCGUUGGUGGUUUUGGAUUGUGUGGGAUUCCUGAAAACCUCAUUGGGGGUUUGCUGAAGACUGGAGUAAAGGGAAUAACAGCAGUCAGUAACAAUGCAGGUGUUGACAAUUUUGGACUUGGUCUUCUGCUUCAGACAAAGCAGAUAAAACGCAUGGUGUCAUCAUAUGUUGGAGAGAAUGCUGAAUUUGAACGCCAAUAUUUAUCUGGUGAGCUUGAAGUUGAGCUUACACCACAGGGUACACUUGCUGAACGUAUUAGAGCAGGAGGAGCAGGAAUCCCAGCAUUUUACACCAGUACUGGCUAUGGGACGCUGGUGCAGGAAGGGGGUGCACCCAUCAAGUACAAUACAGAUGGCACCAUUGCCAUUGCCAGCCAGCCAAGAGAGGUGAGGGAGUUUGAUGGCCGUCACUUUAUUCUAGAGAAAUCGAUUACGGGAGAUUUUGCUCUUGUGAAGGCAUGGAAGGCUGAUCGUGCAGGAAACAUAAUUUUCAGGAAAACUGCAAGGAAUUUCAACCAACCUAUGUGCAAAGCUGCAAAGACAACAGUAGUAGAGGUAGAAGAAAUUGUUGAUAUAGGAGCAUUUGCCCCAGAAGACAUUCAUGUUCCCAAAAUCUAUGUUGAUCGUCUGUUACAAGGAGAAAAGUUUGAGAAGAGAAUUGAACGCUUAUCAAUCCGAAAGCCUGAAGACUCAACAGCCAAACAAAAAAAGGGAGACAAUGUGAGGGAGAGGAUCAUCAAACGGGCUGCGUUAGAGUUUGAGGAUGGCAUGUAUGCUAAUCUAGGUAUUGGAAUCCCGCUGCUGGCCAGUAACUUCAUCAGUCCAGACAUAACUGUUCACUUACAGAGUGAAAAUGGAGUCCUGGGUUUGGGUCCUUAUCCACUUGAAAAUGAAGUAGAUCCAGAUCUGAUUAAUGCAGGUAAGGAGACAGUCACUGUUCUUCCAGGUUCUUCCUAUUUCUCUAGCGAUGAAUCAUUUGCAAUGAUAAGAGGAGGCCAUGUUGAUUUGACAAUGCUUGGAGCUAUGCAGGUGUCUAAGUACGGUGACUUGGCCAACUGGAUGAUUCCUGGUAAGAUGGUGAAAGGAAUGGGGGGUGCAAUGGACCUAGUAUCCAGUGCACAGACCAAAGUGGUUGUCACCAUGGAGCACUCAGCCAAGGGAAAUGUCCAUAAAAUCCUGGAAAAAUGCAGUUUACCACUUACUGGGAAACAAUGUGUUGACCGCAUCAUUACAGAAAAGGCAGUGUUUGAUGUGGACAAGAAGAAGGGAUUGACACUCAUAGAAAUCUGGGAAGGACUGACAGUAGAUGAUAUCAAGAAAAGCACUGGCUGUGACUUCGCAGUUUCACCGAAGCUAAUACCAAUGAGGCAGAUUUAACUGCGAAUUACAGAUUGGGCUUAAUUUUCAAGAAGGCAUGUUUCCAAAUGGAAGAAAUAGAUUACUGUCUUGCAAUGUUACUUUUUUUUUUCCAUUUUCUUUCUUUUUUUUUUUUUUAAGGGCUCUCUAAGUAUUUUCCAGAUAGUUAAACUUAGACUGUAACUAUAAGCCUAAUUGUAUUCUGCUUUCAUAACAUUACCAACAUUAAUGGAAUGGUGAAUAUAUUCUCUAAGUUUUGAAUCAUGUUAUAGUAAGAUGUUAAAGAUCAUUGUAAAAAAGAAAAAAAUGCCUUGUAGUGUCUCUGCCAAAUACUAGGGGUUUUUUACACAGAAUUAGAAAAAAAUCAUGCAAAACUUGCCUCUGUGUUUGCUGAUAUCUUUUGCUCUGGAACUAUAGCACUUAUCAUGUCCAUUCUCCUGUAAAGGUGUGGGUCUUUUCUGGAGUGAUCUGUAACAAAUAUAUGUAUCUGUAGAGAGAUACUGGGACUAUGGAUGUUCCUUUUCCUGAACCUUUUCAUCAGUCUGUAACAAAAUUGUUUAAACCAGUGGAAAUAAUUGGGACCUAAAUAUAUCUGCUAUUUCCACAGUGUGUGUCUGUUGGUAUUGAGAGGCAUACACCUCCCAAAGUCCAGCUGUGACCCUUCAUAUUUAAGUCAAACAAACUAGAAUAGGGCUAGUGUGAAGGAGGAAUAUGAAAAAGUGUCCAUCCUCAUGCAGACAACUGGUAGCUGCACAAUUCCCCACAUGAACUGCUCUUAUUCUCCAGAUAUAAUGCUUCUCCUCAGCUCCCAGUCAAAGGCAAAUGAGAAUCGUUUCAGGAGUCAGGUCUGUCCUUCCAGUGUCUCAUAUCGAAACAGGGGAAGAGAAGGUUGUGGACACUUUGAAGAGCCUUCUGACGAGAAUACAGAUGUUAAGAGUAAAAGCAAUAUGCACCACUUGUCAGUCAAGGCACGAGCAAAAUCUAAAGACUUUGGAACCCAAUUUCAUCAUAACUUGAGAGUCUCCAAAUGAAAAGACAUUAUUUCAGAGUAAUUUUGAUGAAGGCCUUAUUUUCCUGUUAAUUACAAAAUAAUUUUUAUAUUUUGUUACUUCUGCAAACAGAUAAUAUGACAGCUUUGGAUCUCACAUACCAAAUCAGUACAAUAUAUCUUUAUUAUACAGAGCAUGAAUUGACUGGAAAUCAACAUUUACUAAAAUACAAUAUUCUCUCCAAUAUAAUGGUUUCUGUAAUUUCUGUCAUUUAUAUAAAUAGGAACAUGUAAAACACUUCAGUUAAAAUGUAAAAGCACAAGAAGAAGUUUGCAUAAUGCUUAUCAUACAUGUAAUAAGCAUGUUUAGCACAUGGCAUAGAAAGGCAUUCUAAUACUGAGUAAGGAAUUCACCAUAGUCAAUGUGUGUUGUGGAAGGAAUGUAACACAUUUCUCAGGCAACCAGAGAACAUUGUGCAAUACUUAUCUCUUGUACUAGCCUUUGUACAGCCUUUUUCCAUUCUAAAAUAUGAAAUGCUUCUCUUUCAUGGAAACAGCUACAAAAUUUUUCUCAAUCCACAUAUUGGUUUUACAGCAGUAAAACUGCUUUCAUUGGAAGUAUUAUAUUGUACAGUUCCACUUACCCUAAACAGUUCUUUGAUAAUCUCUUGUCAAUACCAUAACAAGAUAUCCUUCAUCCCAAAAAGAACUAAACAAAAUUCCUUUGUAAACACCGUUAUGCCAGUACAAAAGUAUUCCCAUAAUACUAAACUUUGACUUGAACUCGUGGCUGCUAGUGGGUGGUAGGUCAUUGUGUAGCCUGAGUCUAUAGCCAAGACCUGAUGCUGAGCCUGUGGGAAAGGAAUGUCUUGUACAAAGAUCAGUGCUAAUUUCAUGAUUAAUAUAUCAAGUGAUUUGGAUGAUAGGUAAUUUUCAUCAAAGACUUGAAAUUACAUUUAUCAUAGUGCUCCAGGAUAUCUUAACACAGCGUGUUAAUUUUGACAUAUUUUCUCAAUUUAGGCUAUAUAUAUGUAUUCCCUGUGUUACUCAUUCAUUGCACACAUGUUAAGUUUAGCCAUUUUUUUCCUGUGGAGGUAGAUUCAAGUUGUGCUCACAGAGGUUUUAAAGAUUAAAAAUCUGUAUAUAAUUAAACCUGACUAUUUUAGCUCACUGUAAAGAGUUCCACUUUUGAAUAGAGCAGCCCAGAGGCCUCUUUCCUAAUCAAUGAAGACACUUUAGUGACAAUUCUGACCCUUGUUAUACACAGCAAAAUGUGCCUGUCUUUACCUUCUGAAGAGCUACUCUGAGGGAAUGGGUGUAGUCCCUGAAAGCAUUUUGUUCAUCUUCACUCAGAGCUCUUGUAUAGAUUACCCAAAAUGGGCUAUGGUUUUAGGGGAGAAUAAAAAAAACUAUUGUACAGGGGAAGGCAGUUACUGUUAAACUUAUCCAGAGGAAAAUAAUGCCACAAAACCAAAAAGACCAAAGAACACAAACAUUUAAAUAGACAGGCAAGUCUUAAAGAAAUCUAUAAAUGAAAAUGUUGAUCUAUUGCAGUUACCUAUGCUACAUUAGCUGUAGGACUGAUUAGUUAAUUACGGUGAACAUUUGCACAUCUAUGAAGUCCAGAAGUGUCUAAGGGCAGGAUCAGAUGUACACUGCUUCUGCUGUAGAACUUCACUUUGCUGGUACACGCACAGAAGCCGUUGUUGUCAGUAAUACAGAAAAAAGACUGAUAAUUUGUUGAUGUCUAGGAGUUAGCACCUUGGUUUCCAAAUCAAAGAAUUAGGACCCAGGAACUCCUGACUUCCAGCUUUUACCUGACUGCCUUGUGGAAUGACAGCUGUGUUCUCUGCCUUGUCUCCUGUUGCUGGAAAAGGGGAUGUUUUUCUUCCUACCUCACAGGGAUGUUGUGAGGAAUAAGAAGCUAAAGUCUGUGGAAGAGGUUGUUUGUUACUCUUCAGCUUGGGGAUCACACUUGAUCAAGAGUGUGGAAGAGUACUUGAAGACUGUCAUACGUGUUGUACGUUUGAGUUCUGUGUCUUACUUGUUUCACUGUUAAUGCAAGAGAGCAAAAGUACAUGGUGCUGAAAAUUGGGGAUAAAAGAACAGGCUCUGUCCAUAUACAGCAAUGAUGCUGUAGCAACAGGAGACAAGAUUUGUGUGUCACAUGUGAAUUUUUAUAUCUUGAGGACAAAAGAUUGUGGAAAAAUACUGGUGUUUCUAUGAAAAUGUCAAAAGUCCACACAAGAUAACUGCAACAAGCUUUGAAUCCACUUUUUAAAUUCAUUUGUUAAGCAAAUAAAAAUUAAAGCACUCCUAAGUAUUUCCCUCUCUGUGGGCACAAGUGUGGUUCACAGGUAAGGUAUACUUUGAGCAGUAGUUGCAAUAGUCAGUAUUGCAGGGAUUAAGGUUUAUUGGGACUGAAAUAAUUCCCUGCUUGACAGCACUUCACACACAAGGACAGUUGAUACUCCUUGUCCUAGAGAAGAUAAUGAUUCUACUAUAUUAUCACAUUGGACUUUGUUUUAUCUUUUAUUGAUUUUUUUGUCCCUGAAAAAAGAAAAAUAAAAAACAUAGAAAACAUAGCUGUGCUGUAAACUCUGCAAACUAAACAUCAAAUUCCUUCCUAUGUAUUUGCAAAACAAUCAAUAAAGUAAAGGUUUAAAAUUGCA